AUGAAGGGGCUAAAUUUGAAGCCAUCUCGCGUCUAUCAAACGGCAUGGGCAUUACUCGAAUCUAACAGCAUUUCACAAGCACCACCAUGGUAUAAGACAAUCGGCGAAGUGCCUCCUUCGGAAAUUCUUACACGGACGCAACCCGCUCAACACCGAGAGAGCAAUGGCAGGCCUAGGACGAAGAAAGCUAGCAAGCUGUUUAGACCUCAACCUAUUGUAUACGAAGAAGACCGAAUAAGACAAGAAUUCUUUCGCGAUCACCCAUGGGAGCUGGCAAGGCCAAGAAUUGUACUAGAGAACGAUGGUCGUGAUGGGCAAAGAUGUGAUUGGAGCAGAAUAAUACAACCCGGAAGAGCUUUGACGGGUGAAAGCGUGGUACAGAGGCAGCUUUGGUUGAUACAGAACAAUCAAAAGUCUAAUAGCGAGGCUUACGAUAUAGCCCGGAAGGAAUUUUAUGCUCUCCGUCACGAAGAGGAGAUCGAACGAAGAAUCGCAAAAGAAGAGGCAGAGUACGUGGGGGCAUACUUUCAUAAAGGUGCUUUGGAGGUGGGAAUGGAACUGGAGGACAAGAGUUACGAGGACUGGAAGGCAUGGGCUAUCAAGGAAAUUGAGGCUGCGAGCUUGCAACGAGCAGGAUCGUACACUGGCGUUUCAGUCGAUAAUGAGGAAGAUGAGCUGUCUAUCUCGGACAAUGCAGACGUGGAGGAUGUUGAAGAGCCGGCAACGGUUGUCGCAUAA